UAAGUGCUAAGGUACAAACAUAUAUGAAAGGUUAUAUGAAGGGCACCUGAGCUCAAAUGGGGACUUUGGAGAUGUUUCCCUCUGGUGGGAAAUGAUGCCUGAGCUUAAUCUUAAAGGAAAAACAAAAAUUAGCCAGAUGAAGUAAUAUGAAACAGGCCAGAAAAGACACAGUUUUGUGCUUUAUACAGGAAUUGAGAGAAAUAGUAGGAGCAAUCUGGUGUUUCUAAUCUGCAUAGUACAAGGAGGUGAGUGCUGGGUUCAUCACUAAGUAAUAGAUAAUAAUAAAAAUUCAUAAAUGAACUUCUAAUUACAUACAGCUAAACAUUCAAAAGGAGGACUGUAAGAAGGUUCCAUUUGAAGCAUGAUAAAGAUUUCACCAAUGAGACAGUGAAGGACACUCCAAACAGCAAGAAGCAAAAGAUGAUAAAGAGGUUGUACUCAGGGUACAGUGAGUAAUUCUCUCCCACAGGAGUGUAGCAUCAGUACAUGAGACUGGAAAAUGAGUAGAUCUGAGAUUAUGGAGGUUCUUAAAUAACAAAAGACAUAAAACCUAUGUAUGCCUGUGUGCUUUGCAUCCAUUAUCCCACUUAAUCCUCAAAGGCCACUCUACAGGUGAGGAAACAAAUAUAGGAAAGUAAAGGCCAAGGUUACACUGAUAAAUGGAACAACUAGGGUUUGAACCCACCCAGUUAACUUCUGAGGGCACAAGUUUAAGCUUCACACUUGCCUUAUUUCUCUGCCUAACAGACCAAGCCCUUUAGACUUAAUCUCAACAGCAUGGGAGCCACUACAAAGUUUUUUAGCAGCUGCCACUUCUUUCUUUCUUCUCCAUCUUCUCCUAAUGGCUUCGGUUUUCUUUUUCAGGAGAGAAGAGGGAAAACGAAGAUGGGAAUUUGGCUUCAAAAAGUUCACCUGGUCAUUCUCCCUCUCCCAGUGGCCUGUGACUCAUCUGAAUCUGUCCCAUAGCUAUGUCUUGCAUUUAGGGGAUUAAUCACUAUGAUCACUUGUGGCUAUUUAUGUUAGACUUUAUUGCUUGAAAGCUUCAAGGGCUCAUUUUGUGUUUUCAAUCUUCCUAUGUUGGUAAAGCAAGUAGUAACAUCCUUGUUUAUAGAUAGGGAAGAAGUUCAGAGAGAUUAAAUGACUGGGCAAAUCACUUCUUUGGCAGCUGUUUCUUUAUCUGUAACACAAGGCAGUUGAACUACAUAUUCCUUUACAACAACAAAACAUUUAUCAUUCUGGACCUGCUCAAAUUUAGACAGCAAUUUGGAAGCAAAAAUCAGUUUCAUAACUCAGGUGUAUCUUACUAUUAAUAGCUCAUGAUGGGAAAUAAAGUCCGACGCUCCCUAGGCAAGCGUCGGACUAGCAAGGAGGGCUAGUACAGCAGGUCACGCCUCCUCUGUAGCGCUUGGCACAAGGGCAGGACAGGAGCGAGUUCGAUCCAGCUGCGGAACGGACUUUGUGGGCUGUGGGGACAUGUUUUUGGAAUGAACCCGGCAAAGGAAGUGUGCUACGCCAUUGAGGGCCCCCACUUCCGGCUGUCGUGGGGACGGUGAAGGGUCAUUCGCGGGUGGGCUGCUCCUCCGGCAGGGCCUGCCCCUUUGUGUCUCUGGUGAGUGGCAGAGGCGGCUGCGGGGUCCCGACGAGUUUGUUCCAGCGGUGCAGCCCAGGAUCGGAGCCAAUGGCUGCUGCUUGGGGCGCCGCCAGCCUGAGCAGGGCCGGUGCCCGAUGCUUGUGGGCACAAGGCCCCGCUGUCCGGGCGGCUCCUCCACGCGCCCCCCAGCCCUUCCAGCCCGAUCCCCUGGGCUGCGGCUCAGCUCCUGACAGGACGCUGCACCUCACCGCGGUGGCUCCAGCCGGGCACAAUAAGUGGUCCAAAGUCAGGCACAUCAAGGGGCCCAAAGACACCGAAAGGAGUCGCAUCUUCUCCAAACUCUGUUUGAACAUCCGCCUGGCGGUCAAAGAGGGAGGCCCCAACCCUGAGCUCAACAGCAACCUGGCCAACAUCUUAGAGGUGUGUCGCAGCAAGCACAUGCCCAAGUCAACAAUUGAGGCAGCGCUGAAAAUGGAGAAAACUAAGGACAUACAUUUGCUAUAUGAGGGUCGAGGCCCUGGUGGCUCUUCUCUGCUCAUUGAGGCGUUGUCUAACAGUAGCUCCAAGUGUCCGUCGGCCUUAGGGCAAUCUGAACACAAUGUGGGUAAGGUGUGGAAUGAUGGACUGAAGGAGAGCUCGUCAGCUCUUUUGACAACAAAAGGGGGUGCAUUUUGAUGGUUUGGAUUGGAAGAACAGAGGAAGAAAACUGUGAACAUAGAGCGUCCCUGUGAGCUGGCAUUGAAGAGAGGCCGAGAUGUCAAAGAAACUGAAGAUGAAGAGAAAUACAUUUUUCAAAGUAAGUAUGAAUUUAUUUGUGAUGUUUCUUCACUGCAUCAAGUGAGGAAGAAGCUGGACUCCCUGGGCCUGUGUUCUGUAUCCUGUACACUAGAGUUCAUCCCCAACUCAAAGGUGCGGCUGGCUGACCCCGACCUGGAGCAGGCUGCUCAUCUCAUCCAGGUUCUCAGCAACUAUGAGGAUGUGAUCCACGUCUAUGACAACAUUGAGUAACUGGGUCGUACAUGCCCCCGGCUUCCUUCCUAGGCAAGUGGCAGCCCAUUCUGGAACACAGGCUUCUGCAGUGAUCUCUGAGAGUAAAGCAGGAGGCGGGUACCCAGCAGGUCAGGAGGCCCACCACUAGGACUUGUGGCCUUGAGGCCAAGGGAACCCCAUACUUCCCUAGGACCUCUUUGCCAGCUCUGCUGGUGUCUCAGUGCCCUUCUAGAUGAGUCUCCUGACACCCUCCUGGAUGCAAGGCGGGGCCACCUAGCUGGUCAGACUCUGAUCUCAGGUAGUUGGUCCUUGUGGGCAAUGUAAGUGCCCCUAGGCCCUAUGUACUAGAAACUGCUCUUCAAUAAUAACAGUGAUUGAUCUUGGUUGCUGCAUUGCUGUUGUAUGGAUCUUGAGUUUUCCUGAGUUGUGUCCAAUGGUUGGGAUCCUCUGGAUUAACUUUCAAGUCCCUAGACUUAGUUCUACUACUUCAAUCGCACUGUUGUUUGUUUUUUUGAUUGGCAUUAGAAAUGUAGCUGUGCCAGGUACUGUGUGGUAAACAAGCAUUAGACCUAAUGCUGGUCUUAUGGCCUAAACCUGUUGUUCAUUCAUGUAAUGAGUAUUUCUGGAACACCUACUAUGUACCAGGAACUGUACUUAUCUAGAGCACAAGCUGUUCAGCUGGUGCCCUAUGUUAGAUCCUGCACUAAGAUGUAGGACCUCAGAGGGAAGACCCAGGACUGCUCUCUACUGGGGCUUCCCCAGGGCAGUGUGAGCUACUGUGCCUGCAUCUUUUAUUCUUUUUGUGUGGCCUCUGUGCCCUUCUACCAGAGAUCUUAAGGCUCUAGCCCAGCAGGAAAUCAAGUGUCAAUGAUAAGGGACUCCCUAGGCCCUGCUUUGCCUGGGCACCUGUGUGUUCUGAGAUUGGUCAGAGUGGACUUAUGAGCAGAUUGGGUUGUCCUCAGGAAAGGCUACACCAAGCUGGUUCUUAGAACAUCCAACCCUAGUUCCUUUUUAUCCCUGAUGCCAAGUGGUGGGGCACUGGGAACUAGAGAGGAAACAGAACAGAAGGAAGAUGGAAGGGCUGGGUCAGAAGCCUAGCCAGGUGGGAGAUAGGGGCCUUGGUAGCUUUUGUUCUAAUAGUUACUUCUGGGUUUAGAGAGGUCAGGAGUGCCAACACCCUGUGCCAGAGCCUGUCAAGCAUGUCAGGCAUGGAGUGGCUUUUGAUCCCUGUCAUCUACCUCCUUAUAAGUUGCUUAAGCCAGUUCUGAGUUCAGAGUAAUUUUCCUGAAGGAGCCUCAGGUAAAUCAGGAUGGAAAAGAACUAAACCAAAUUGACUACAAAUGAUAACUUCAGCUUCUAGGAAAAACAGAUUACUAGUUCCACAGUGACUUCAACACUGGAGAGCAAGAGCUGCAGGGAAGAAAACCAAUGAAAUAAUCCACGAUUACACCACUGCAUAUACCCUUACACCUCAUUUUAUAAUCACAGUACUACUUGGGACUCUUCAGUGUUUAUAGGUGAUAACUCAUCCAAAUAUCUGAAUAGCUCAUCGUUAAAAAAAGACAAAGGCAACUUAAAGUUUAUAUGCUGUUUCAUAAUUAAUAAGAUACUUUCAUAUGUUAUUUGAUUUUCCUAACAAACCUAUAAAAGAGGCAAAGUAUUUAAUGCAUAAAUGAUCUCAUACAAAGCAGCUGAGAACAGCUUUAAUACCAAAUCUUGCAUUGAUAGACCUUGGUUUAUAAAAUAGCUCUAUUUUAGAAAUGUUGAAUAUAAAUUAAUUUAGAGGAAUCUGAGCAUUUUUAAUCUGGGAAAUCUGUACUAAGGGAGCCUACUCUUGAAGGGAACUUGGCCACUCCUGUGAAUAGGCCUCCUCUAAUCUAAGAGGCAGAAUUUAUUAAUAUGGAUUUUUGCAUAACCAAUUUUCUCAUAUCAAGGCAUGUUGCAGGAAUGCACAGUAACAGCUCCUGUGAAGAUGGCUCUGCACUGACCCCUGGUGGUGCCCUGCAGACUAUCCUGCAGAUAACAGGGAAAGGCGGAAAUGAACCU